CUCGCUACAUUGAAAUCCCCCGAUGAUGACAUUGCCCUCAAAUUCGACCGGUACAAUUGCAAUAAGAUCUGCGGGGAGAUUAUGACCCUCGCGCCCCCGGGCCAUCAAGAACCUCCGGAAUGGGACCCCUCUCUAGGCGAGCUCAUAGUGGUCCCAGAUCCCGCGAAGAAAGCUGAAAAUGAACAGGACAAGAUGGGCGUGCUAAGAAAGCCAAUUUGGGGGACCAUACACAGGAUCUGGAGCCACGCCGUCGGGCCCGUCGUCAAGAGGGACGUGUUUGACCUCUUUGGCGCCUUCAAAUUCGCACAUCAGACGGCAGAGGGAUCUCGAGAGAGGUUCACCUGGACUCCCGAAUCCUUACUCCCAGCGCCUAAAUCGAGUGGAGAGGAUGGGGAGCCCGAGGCGAGAAGCAUCACGAUUCAUUUGCCGCAUGAUAACAAUAUGAAGAUGAGGGGCGACCAGCUUCGAUGGCUUCGAGAAGCAUGCGCCACGGUGGACAUCACGAAAGAGACUAUAGAAGGGGCCUACCAUUGUCAAGGUACCCGUUGAUUUAUUCGGUUCGGAGUUUGAGAAGGAGAAAGGCAGGGCGGGAUCGAAGACGGUAUCUAGGUUUCCUCUCAUGAUCGUUUGCAAGUCCCUGGGUUGCAGGAGUUACUUGACGUGUAUUUUAUGUGUCUAGAACGUCCUUGGAGUUUGUAUUGUACUGUCAGAAGACUGGAGCUUUCUCACAUUUGCUGAAAUCAGAGACUGCCGUACUGAAAUCCAUGGCCGUUCCCCCCAAAGCUCAACUAUCGAGCCUCUCGUCCAUCACCAAGUCAUAUACCUUGCCUUGGAGCAACCUUUAACCAUCCCCAGGCUUCCUACCUAUCUCCAACCU